AUGUCGGCGUCGGCGUCGGAGGCGGACAUGGCGGCGGUGAAGACGUCCUCCAACGGGGUGUGGCAGGGCGACGACCCGCUCCGCUUCGCCUUCCCGCUGCUCAUCCUGCAGACGCUGCUCAUCCUCGUCCUCAGCCGCCUGCUCGCCUUCCUCCUCCGCCCGCUGCGCCAGCCCAAGGUGAUCGCCGAGAUGGUGGCCGGCAUCCUGCUCGGCCCCUCCGCGCUGGGUCGCAACGGGGCCUACCUCCGCGCGCUCUUCCCGCCCUGGAGCGCGCCCGUGCUCGAGUCCGUCGCCAGCCUCGGCCUCCUCUUCUUCCUCUUCCUCGUGGGGCUGGAGCUCGACCUCCGCUCCGUGCGCCGCAGCGGCCGCCGCGCCUUCGCCAUCGCCGCCGCGGGCAUCUCGCUCCCCUUCGCGUGCGGCGUCGGCGUCGCCUUCGCGCUCCGCCGCGCCAUCCCGGGCGCCGACCAGGCCGGGUACGCGCCGUUCCUCGUCUUCAUGGGCGUCGCGCUCUCCAUCACCGCGUUCCCGGUCCUGGCGCGCAUCCUCGCCGAGCUCAAGCUGCUCACCACGCCCAUCGGGGAGACGGCCCUGGCCGCCGCCGCGUUCAACGACGUCGCCGCCUGGGUGCUGCUCGCGCUGGCCGUCGCCAUCUCCGGCGGCGGGGACCGCGGGCCCAUCACCUCCCUGUGGGUGCUGCUGUGCAGCGCCGCCUUCGUGGCGGCGUGGAUGCUCGCGGUGAAGCCCGCGAUGGCGUGGGUGGCGCGCCGCGCCGACGCGGCCGGGGAGGGCGGCGGCGACGCCUGGGUCGCCGCCACGCUGGCGGGCGUGCUGGCGUCCGGGUUCGCGACGGACCUGAUCGGGAUCCACGCCAUCUUCGGCGCCUUCGUCUUCGGGCUGACGGUGCCCAAGGAGGGCGCGUUCGCGGGGCGCGUGACGGCGCGGGUGGAGGACCUGGUGUUGGAGCUGCUGCUGCCGCUCUACUUCGCGUCGAGCGGGCUCAAGACGGACGUGGCGGCGAUCCGGGGCGGCGUGGCGUGGGCGAUGCUGGCGCUGGUGAUCGGCACGGCGUGCGCGGGGAAGAUCGCCGGCACGUUCGGGGUGGCCAUGGCAUGCGGGAUGUCGGCGCGGGAGGCGGUGGUGCUGGGCGUGGUCAUGAACACCAAGGGGCUCGUCGAGCUCAUCGUGCUCAACAUCGGCAGGGAGCGCAAGGUCCUGAACGAGGAGACGUUCGCGAUCCUGGUGCUCAUGGCGCUGGUCACCACCUUCAUCACCACGCCCACCGUCAUGGCCAUCUACAAGCCCGCGCGCGCCGCCGGCCGCCGCCGCCUCCACCACCGCAAGCUCCAGGGCGCGGCCCCCUCGGCGCCCUCCUCCCCGUCGGCCCCCGCCGGCGCCGGCGCCGGCGCCAAGGAGCUUCGCGUUCUGGCCUGCAUCCACGGCGGCCAGGACGUGCCGGCGCUCAUCAACCUCAUCGAGACCAUCCGGGGCCACACGCAGCCGCGCCGCCUCGUCAAGCUCUACAUCCUCCGCAUGGUCGAGCUCACCGAGCGCACCUCCUCCAUCCUCAUGGUGCGCGCCGCGCGCCGGAACGGGCUCCCGUUCCUGCGCCCGCGCCGCGCCGGGGAGCCUCACGACCAGGUCGACGUCGCCUUCGACACCUACGCGCAGCUCGGCCACGUCAGCGUCCGCCCCAUGACCGCGGUGUCCGCGCUCCACACCAUCCACGACGACGUCGCCGCCGUCGCCGAGGACAAGCGCGUCUCGCUCGUCGUGCUGCCGUUCCACAAGCGCCAGACGGGGCACGGCGACGACGUCGAGAACCUCGGGCCCGAGUGGCGCGCCGUGAACCGGAGGAUCCUGCGGGAGGCGCCAUGCUCGGUGGCUGUCCUCGUCGACCGCGGCUUCGGCGGCGGCGAGCAGGUGAGCUCGGAGCAGGUCGCGCACGGCGUCUGCGUCGUGUUCUUCGGCGGGCCGGACGACAGGGAGGCACUGGAGCUCGCCGGCAGGAUGGCCGAGCACCCCGGUGUGGAGGUCACCGUCGUGCGGUUCGUCGACGGCAAGGCCGGCAGCGAGGAGCAGUCUGAGGUCACCCUGCGCCCGUCCAACACCAAGAACGCCGACCGGAGUUACACGUUCUCCACCGCCGUCAUCGACACCCGCAAGGAGAAGGAGCUGGACGAGGCGGCGGUGGCGGAGUUCCGGCAGAGGAUGGGGUCCCUGGUGCGGUUCGAGGAGCGAGUGGUGGUGGGCAACGUGAUCGAGGAGGUGGUGUCGAUCGGGAAGAGCAGGGAGUACGGCCUGGUGGUCGUCGGCAAGGGCCGGCUGCCGUCCUCGAUGGUGGCGCAGCUCGCCGUGCGCCCGGCGGAGCACCCGGAGCUCGGGCCCAUCGGCGACGCCCUCGCGUCGUCGGGCCACGGGGUGACGUCGUCGGUGCUCGUGGUGCAGCAGCACGACAUGAGCAACGCCGACGAGGUGCCGGUCUCUGUCGUCGUCGAUGGCCACGCUCACGACGGCGAGUUUGCCAAGGACACGGCCAUGGCCGAGCCGUAAGGGCUUGCAUGUUCUGGAUCGAGUAAUCAAGCGCCGGUUUGAUCCGGUAGGAUGAUGGCGACGACUAGCUAAAAAUAUUGCUAAUUGCUUUUUUAAGGUUUUUUCUGAUAGAAUAAGUUUGGAAUCGAUAUGCAUGUAAUUAUAGUUAAGUGUUCGCUUCCUUUUGAUAACCAUUAUACGCUACUGAAAUAAUGUAUUCUCUUGCCUGGUUCGUUUAAAAAAGAAGUAUUCUCAUGCUUGUUUUA